CGAUUUUGGAUGACACAUUCGCGUUGGUGUAGGGCCAAACAACGAAAUCUGCGAUUCAGCGACCCUUGAUGUCAACGGAGGAGUGACUCAUUUUUGAGUUGUCGUGCUUUUCCCGAGUUGUUGUGACCAUUAUUUGUGUUGCCCGUGCUGUGAGCGGACGCAGUUCCUUUUUUAAAGCUUCUGUUGCUUUCAACACACCUCCAAGAUGAGUUUUCUGAGCAAAGUUUUCGGGGGCAAGAAGGAAAACAAAGCCCCCACAACGGGUGAAGCAAUUCAACAAUUGAGGGAAACGGAGGAAAUGCUUAUCAAAAAGCAGGAAUUCCUCGAAAAGAAAAUCGAGCAAGAAAUCGCGACAGCUAAGAAAAAUGGACAGAAAAACAAGAGAGCUGCUCUGCAAGCCCUCAAGAGGAAGCAGCGGUACACAAAGCAGCUGCAACAGAUUGACGGCACAUUAUCAACAAUAGAAAUGCAGAGAGAAGCCCUCGAGGGUGCUAAUACCAAUACGGCUGUUCUCACUACAAUGAAGGGUGCCGCCGAUGCUCUCAAGGCUGCUCACAAACACAUGGAUGUGGAUGAUGUCCACGACAUGAUGGAUGACAUUGCUGAGCAGCAAGAUGUUGCAAGGGAAAUAUCUGAUGCCAUUUCUAAUCCAGUCGCCUUCGGACAUGACAUUGAUGAGGAUGAACUAGAAAGGGAGUUAGAAGAAUUAGAACAGGAAGAGUUAGAUAAGGAAUUAUUGGACAUUGGACCAACUGCAGACGAACUGCCCGAAGCACCUAAGACCGAACUACCUAAGGUUCCUGCGUCAACCUCCAAAGCUAAGUCCAAAAAAGAAGAGGAAGAUGAGGACAUUCUUCGUGAAAUGCAAUCAUGGGCUUCAUAAAUUACGGCAUAUUUUAUCUGUUUUGCCAUUUUAAGUGUUUUAAAUGGGGUUUAGCUUUUGAAAACACAACUAUGCUUCAAAUAUUUUUUCAAAAUGACCGUUCAAAAAAGGUACAAUAAAUUACAAUUUGUGUAUAUGCUAAGAAAAGUUGCUUCUCCCCUCAAGAUUUUGAGGUGGCCAAGUUAUUUUUUGAAAUGUCAUUGAAAUGUCAAAGUGGUGUUAAUUGUAUAUAGUUGUGACUACACCAUCUUGUGCUGAGUAGUAGCUAGUCUCCUGGAUCUACACAUACUACAGUGGGAGUGGUGAAAUGAAGUGUGUAUUUUAUCAAAGUGAACUGAUUUUUCGUUCCAGAAGCAGUAGAAUCAGGCACCAAAAUGUUAAUGUAUCUAAGUUUUGGAGUACAGCUCCAAGUAGGCUAUGAUAACACUGUAUUUUUCAAUGGCUUGAAAUUUGUUUUGUCCUUGAAAUAGCUGCUGUUGAGAACUGGCUCACUGGUGCGUACGUCAAUGUUUCCUUAAAUCUUUUCUGCCCGGACAGUGGCCAGCUCUCUAUUACUCUCUCUCACAUGACUCCUCCAUCCAUCCUCAUGACUCUUACAAAAUUUGUGGUGCUUCUGAACUGUUCACAAUCUUAUUGCCAUUUGAUUAUAUGCAUUCAAAAUGUUAUUUCUGCUUUCAUAUGUUGCCUUCUUGAGAAAGUUGCCUGUUGAAUUAAUUUUCCUUGGUUACUGUGCAAUGAAGUUAAACUUGUGUUGAUCAAUGCGAGAUAACAAUGUAGUGUCACUAAAAUAAUUUAUGAUGCCUUCAUAGACUUGUGUGAGUGAGGGUAUGACACUUCAAUGUAAUUCACUGUACUAUGCUUACAAGAUGCCUUUGUUGUAACUUCAAUGCAACUGUUUAAUUUCAUGGCUUAUAAUGAAGGAUUUGCUUCUACUGUUGAUUCUUGCCUUUCUGGAGGAAGUUUGCUCUGAAAGUUUUUGUGUUCAAUAGCUCAAAAAGCCAUAUGUUUAGUAAAUAGUGCUUUUUGCGCUAUGAAAAAUUGGAGAAAAGGGCUCUUUUUAAAGACAGUCGGAUUUUGUUAACUUUUCAAUCUGUUGCAGUUUUGUGAAGCAGUAAAUGGUUGAAGUAGCAGCUUUUCCUUAUUUUCCCCUUCUGUUUUUAAAUGUCAUGAUCUCUUUGCCGGAUUUAUUUUUCUAUGGGAUGAUUGUUUCUACCUUGACUGCCCAGCAUCAUAGAAUCAAUUUAUGAUCGGAAAGCAGAACCGAAAUGAGCAAAGGAAAAUGAGCCUGUGAUUUAGCACUUUGAAAUUUGUAAAUUAACUCUAAUCUAUGAAAAUCUUUUGUGUCUACUAUUUUUGACAGCAUGGAAAGUUGGCAUUAAUGGUUGAUACAAUUCUGUUGUGUUGUUAUUCUGACAGUUAGCAUGCGGUCAUUAUUUAAAUUUUUUGAAUGGCUGUCUACUACUUGUUUUUGUGAAAAAUUAAUCAAGUCCCAUGGUCUGCUAAGCACUUCUAAAUAUUAUCCUUUUCAAGGUAAAAACAUGCUUUAACAAGCAUUCUUGAAAGCAGUUACAGCAGGAAAAGAAUCAAUGAAUGGGUUGUUAUGUAUCUAAUUGUUUAAUUUUUGAUUUUGCUUUUCUUGAUCUGUUUUUCUGACCUUCUGUUGUCUGUGAUUACUUCCUUAUUUGAUAAUAAUAAGUUUAGUGGUAAUACCCAUCCUAAUCUAGCUAAGUUGAAGCUUUUUGACAUGAAACUUUUUGCACAUACUGUAAAUUAUGACACAGUUCUUGUAAAUGUGUUGUUUAUUCUAACAAUUGUGAAAAUACAUAACAAAAAAGCACCAUCGUU